UUAAAUCAGUUUAGUACACGUUUAGACGUCGUUCAUAAAUGUCACCACUGAAACUACAUUUCCCAUGCUCGGGAGGAGCCUUGUUUUUGUGAGCGCACGCAAUUCGACCAGAGACGCGAUACAACCAUACCCCUCCCGAGCAUGGGGAACUAUGCCAGCAAAGUUGUGUGUGCUGGGAAGAGGAUAUUUCGCUACCCAGAACGGCAGGUAAACAGAUGAAAAGAGUGGGGGAAGAGAGCAACGUCUACUGAAGAAAUAACCAAGACAAAUUUCCUCAGCAGUCUGCAAGGCCAUGCCUCAUACAAGUCUCUGCAUAUAGAAGGAAGAACUGUGUGUUGUGACUGUGGUGUAUCAAUCAGGGGACUCCUGCUUUACUUUAAAGACACUUUCACCAAUUUAAGGGAUUCCUUACAACCCAUUUCACUGGGGGACUGUUGAACAAUAACCACAAUGUACCAAGUGGUACCAGGAGGUGCAGGGGGCACAGUUACCAACGCUACACCCAUCAAACAGAAACUGAAAAGGGACGCUCGGCCCUUAGUUGUAGCAAGUGUCUUAGGCUUGGUGCUGGUGAUUGCUGCGGUAACCGCAUGGUGCUAUUACAUUGGUUCUCUGCGCAAGGCUGAACUGCUCAAGACAGAACUUCUGGACCUCAACAAGGAUGGCUACAUCAUUCGCAACCAGGCAGGGGCUAUUGUCUUCAGGAUGUCUUUCAGGUCUGGCACCCUGGACUUAGACUCAUGUUCUAAGGAGGGGGAGAUACUGAGCUGUGGGCGCACCAGUGAUCGGAAACUCAAGUUUUUCAUCCAGACAGUAUUCGACAAUACAGUCCAAUGCUACCGUGUGCGUUGGGAAGAAUUGGUUCCCAGCCUGCCCGUGGAGCACGCCAUGACCUACAACGUCUCGCACUGGUAUGGUGGAGCCGAGACUGCCAUACAGCAUUGGCCUAUCGCCAUCUCCGGGCAGCAGGCACCCAAACCCUUUGUCACCAGUGAUAUCUACUCCAAUCGAAACGGCUUUGGGGGCAUCUUGGAACGUUACUGGCUCUCAUCCAAUGCCACGGCCAUUAAGAUCAACGACUCUGUGCCCUUUCAUCUGGGCUGGAACGACACAGAGAAGACCAUGUACUUCCAGGCAAGGUACCAUGACACCCCCUACAAGCCAAAUCCUGGUGAGGCACCUUGUGCUGAACUCAGCUACAGAGUCUGUGUGGGCUUGGACGUCACAUCCAUUCAUAAGUACAUGGUGCGCAGAUACUUCAACAAGCCCAACAAGGUGCCUUCCAAAGCCAUGUUCCGCCAUCCGAUCUGGUCCACGUGGGCACUACACAAGACUGACAUAGACCAAGAUAAACUUUUGAAGUUUGCGGCCAACAUCCGCAAGCAUGGCUUCAACUGUAGCCACCUGGAGCUGGACGAUCGCUACACAAACCGCUAUGGGGAAUUUGAUUUCGACUUGGCCAAGUUUCCCAACGCUACGGCCAUGUUCCAGAAGCUCAAAGCAGACGGUUUUCUGGUCUCUCUCUGGACACACCCUUUUGUCAACUAUGACUCUGAGAAUUUUCACACCUGUGUGGAAAGAGGGCUUUUUGUCCGAGAACCUACAGGUCGUCUUCCGGCAUUGGUAAGCUGGUGGAACGGCAUCGGGGGCAUUCUAGACUUUACCAACCCAGAGGCCCGUGAUUGGUUCGCCUCACACCUGCGGUCCUUACGAUCCAAGUACGGGGUGUCCUCCUUCAAGCUGGACGCAGGCGAGACAAACUACCUGCCCUGGCAAUUCAGCACAAAGACACCCCUUCGCGACCCUAGCACGUUUACCCGUCGCUACACCGAGAUGGCUAUUCCUUACAAUGAGCGGGCCGAGCUGCGUUCAGGCUACCAGUCCCAGAACAUCUCCUGCUUCUUCAGGCCCAUUGACCGGGACUCUGUUUGGGGCUACGAGCUAGGCCUCAAGUCCCUUAUUCCCACCGUGCUUACCAUCAGCAUUCUCGGCUACCAGUUCAUCCUACCGGACAUGAUCGGUGGCAACGCAUAUCUGAACCGCACUGAUGGCGAGCGCACUUUACCAGACCGUGAGCUCUACAUCCGCUGGCUGGAGCUGUCUGCUUUUAUGCCCUCCAUGCAGUUCUCCAUCCCCCCCUGGGAGUACGAUAACGAGGUGGUGGAGAUCGCCCGGAAGUACACUGCUAUCCAUGAGAGCAUAGUGGCCCCACGGGUUCUGGAACUGGCUGGGGAGGUGCUGGACACGGGAGACCCCAUCAUACGGCCUCUGUGGUGGAUCGCCACUGGCGACGAGACUGCUUAUAAGAUUGACUCCCAGUUCCUGAUAGGGGAUGACCUCAUGGUGGCGCCAGUACUGGAGCCUGGAAAGCAGGAGAGGGACAUCUAUCUCCCGGCUGGACACUGGCGGAGCUACAAGGGAGAACGGUUUGAUAUUAAGGAGCCUCUGCACCUUACAGACUACCCAGUAGAUCUUGAUGAAAUUGCUUAUUUUGUCUGGGUUUAGUGAAGAAGGCUGGACAGGUUAGGGGCUGCGUGAAUUUGUUUAUAGUAUUUUCUCUGAAGUCAGGCGUCACACCACAUUUGUGUUCUUGUAAAUUUAGAAUCACUAUUAUUGAAGAAUGAUCAAGGAGAAACCUUUCCUGCAUGCUCAAACAUGUGCCUUUGCAAUAAACCAGGAAUGUAGCAGAGAAGCUAGUGGGAAGAGCUAUAGGAGGAUGGGUUCAUUGUAAUGGCUGGAAUGGAAUUAAUGGAAUGGAGUCAAACAUGUCUUUGAUGUGUUUACCGUUCCAUUUAUGCCAUUCCAGCCAUUACAUUGAGCCUGUCCUCCUAUAGUUCCUCCCACCAGCCUCCUCUGGAAAGUAGAUAAAUUAUGUAUCAUGAGAGACAUAUAACCCCAAAAUUUAUUCAGCAUGACAUAACAGUCUCAACUAUUAACAGAAUAGUCAUCGGCUGACAUUUUUAAAGGCUGAUAUUUGAAUGCUUUCAUGUCUUAUUUAUGAGUCAACACACUAAGAAGGGAAGAUGUAUAUUGUGACGUGAAAAUGCCUUGUAUACUUACGUAUGUUAAUGAUUUUUUUCUAAUUUUGUUUUGCUGAUGUUUUUGUUAUUACUGUGUCAAUGCAUUUAACAAUACAGUGUGUAAUUGUUCAAUCAGUGGUUGUUCUGUUAAGGUUCUCGCCACUCUGAAACCAAAAGAAGCUGCACAUGAGAUUCUUCACCUGAAGAGUUUUCUGAGGAAGUUGGAUGUCAUAUUUCCCCUGUUGUGUUCACCUUGUCUGCUUCCCAAAUGGCACUCUCAAAAGGACCACAAUGAAAAUAAGCUUUUAAGCUUUAUUGUGUUAUCCUGGAUGAUUUUCUUAAAUUGUAUGUGGAGGCGUCACCGGCUGCAGCGCCCUUAUGUAUAUAUUUUAAAAAAUGGUCUAACACAUUUUAUCAAUCAAUAUUCCCUAUGUAGUGGUCAAAAGUAGUGCACUAUAUAGGGAAUAGGGUGAGAUCUGGGACUAGGACUGGCGG